UACUGAAUAGGCUUUAGAGAAAAAAUGUAGGGAGUUGGGUAUGCGGCAACCCAUAUAUAUUUCCGAUGUGGCAUUACAAAAAAUGUUUAAAAUGUCAAAAGCAUUGGCUUUGCUGCCUAUUGAUAGCAUAGCCGGUGGAUUCUGCGCAAUCAAAUCACAAGGAGAGUUGUCGCAGAACCAAGAUAUUGUCCAACGCUACCUUGACUACUUCAAGACACAGUGGAUUCAACGAGUUGGGCCAGAAAACUUUAGUGUCUAUGGAAGUGCACGGCGAACUAAUAAUGACCAAGAAGUUUUCCAUAAACUUCUCAAUGCGCAAAUGAAUGGUCCUAGGCCAGGGAUAUGGCACUUUACCAAGAGAACAAAUCAGCAGAUAGGUCCAAAUGCAGAUAUACCUCCACCUGCAGUUAUUAACGUUGAUUUUCCACCUGCAGUUAUCCGCCCAAAUACACAAGUCCUAGCUCCACCUGCUGUCAUACAAGUUCAGCCUACACCUGCGGUAAUUAAUGAUCCUCUUCCUACUGAACAACAAAAUCAUAUUGUCGACAAUAAUAAUGAUUUCAUAAUACCUGAGGAAGCGGACGAGUUAUUCGUAUUCAUUGGACAAAUGGAGAUGGCCAGAACAAUACGGGAGCGAGAGGAUGUUCCAUAUGUUUUGGCAGAUGCUCACGAAUUGAUUCCCCGAAGCAUUAACAGUUGUGCUAUUUUUUUGGCGGCCAAUAAUACGCAUGCCUGCACCCCGUGUGGCCACAAGUGUAUGUGUGUAGAUUGCAGUGUUGAAAUUAGCCAAUCGAAGCUGCAUAUGAAUAACGCUUGUUAG